GUUGGCCCAGUUCGUGUUUAGCAGCGGGCGCGUUAGGAUCGCUCGCAAAUCUAAAAGCUCUGGAGAGGCAUAAGCCCAUUACCUAUUCGCCAACAUGUCGAAGAACUGCAUGAUAACGUUCGACCAGAAUGAGCACGGCACCUACUUCACCGGCCAGGUGAUAACCGGCAAGGUGAUUGUCAAUCUGAACAAGACCAAGAAACUGCGAGGAAUAAAACUGCAAAUAAGUGGCUAUGCGCAAGCCCAGUGGCGCAUCCGCAGACAUGGUAAGGCGGUGGCAAUCCAAAACCCCAAGAAGCGAUCAAAGCACCAGUACAGCGGGCGGGAGGACUAUAUAGCCUCCACCACUUACCUCAUGGGUUCCGAGCAGGGCAGCAACUUUAACAUGGACGCCGGCACGUACACCUACACUUUUGCUUGCCCCAUUCCCAGCCACUGCCCCUCGUCCUUCGAGGGUGCCUAUGGACACAUCCGGUAUCUGGCCAAGGUCACCUUUUUGAAGCCAGGAGCUUCCAAUCGCACCCACAACGUGGGCUUCACUGUGCUAAAGCUGCUGGACUUGAACCAGGAGACCAAGAUGCUCCGGGAACCGGCGAGCAAUGAAGCCGUGGAACACUUUUGCCUGAUGCACACGAAGCCCGUGCAGUUGAAGGUCACUCUCCAGCAGCAGGGCUAUGUUCCGGGUCAGUUCAUGUUGAUCCACGCCCAUGUGCGUAAUGACUCCAGCUCCGAUUGUCGGAAGCUACUGAUCAUGCUGCAUUUGAGAGCCACAUACACGGCGGAUACGCCCUCGCUACGCACCACAUCCGAGAAGAUAAUGCUGGUGAAGCGCGAGUGCGGUCCGGUGGCUCAUAAUGCGCAGAGGACUUACACGGAAACCCUGAGGAUUCCGGCAACGGCGCCCACCUGCGAGCACCUAAGCAAGGUGGUGCGCGUAUCUUACGAAGUGCGUGUGGUGGCUGUUAUGAACUGGCUUAUGGCUAAUCCCCGGCUCAUAAUCCCUGUGACUAUUGGCAACGUGCCCCUGGCAACUGCGGUGUCCGGACCGGACUUCCUGCCAACUAACGCCUUCCCAUCUGGAAGUUCGCUGCCUGCCGACUUGCCAUGCACCUCUACAAGGGCCAUGGAACUGGCUCAGAUGGCCGCAAGCGGGGUCAGCAACUCCGGCUACGAGAUGGCCGAGGAUCUAGAGGACUUCGAGCUUCCAGAGGAUGGAGAUGAUGAGUUGGAGGCCGCCGACGAUUUCGUACCAGAUUUACCUCCUCCUACCUACGAGCAGGCCAUGUUCAUGACCACUGAUAUUGCGGACACGGACGCGAACACGGUCAGCGAGGCCUCCCGAUUUACUCCACGCUAUCCGGUCUUCGAUGUGGACACCUUCCAGAGCCCGCCGCCAAAUCCUCCCCAGAAGAAAAGGCGCCGCCGACGCAGACGUCCUGCCGAUCCUGGACAGUCGAAGCAACAACCGGAGAAACAACCAGUGGAGUCACCCGUGCAGAUCUGAGGGCAGUUAUCGCGAAAAAUCACGACUAUAUCUUAUCUCGGCAGUAUUUAUUUCUUUUACGGUUCGCCAGUGUACUUACCAAAAUGUUUACUAUAUAUGUAUGUAUAUCGGAAUGAUAAACAACCCAGAAUAUAAAAGUGUCUACUGGGUGAUACGCGAUAAAUUGCGACUAUAGCCUAGACAACCAAGUCCAUGAAGGCAUUGAACUACAAAUUUAUUUAUUCAUUUAUAAAUUAAAUUGAGUGGAGGACUUCUAGCUCAGUCCGUGAGUUUAAAUACUUAUGAGAGCUAGAAAUUUUGAUUUACGCAUACAUGCUCCCAAUUUCUAAUUCUAUUGCUUGACAAUUUCCAUUAAAAUGC